AUGAAGGAAGAGUUUCAAGCAUUCUCCGAGAUGGUUUGCGCUGAUGCUACGUACAAGUUGAUAGACAUCAAAAUUCCAUUAUAUGUUUUGUUGAUCGAGGAUGACAAUGGUCGGAGCGAGAUUACAGCUUUUGGAUUGUUUGUCAAUGAACAGCGAGAGACAUUAGAAUGGUUUUUUAACAAGUAUAAAGAAUGUUACCUAGCCUGUUCAAUGACAAGAGUCUUUAUUACAGAUAAAUCUUUAUCUAUUAUUAUUAUUAUUAUCUUUCUUUAUUUAGAUAUGAAGGAGCGAACUGUAAUUAAACCUUUAUUUCCACAGUGUAGACUGGUCAUUUGUUUAUUCCACACACUACGCACAUUCAAUCUCGUAAUCACCUGCGAAAAAUUAGGAAUAACUCCCGAUGAAAGGGACAGAAGUAAAGGUAUAAUCGAAAAGUUACGUUACUGCAAAAGCGAGAGAGAGUACCAAGAUAUGUAUACCAUUUUUUUAAGUGAAGCUCCUCAUGCGGUAAAAAAUUAUUUUAUAAAAAAUUGGCAUGAUAUCCGUGAAGAAUGGGUAACUGGAUUGGCAUUCAAUAGUGGUAACUUUUUAAAUGCAACUAAUAACAGGCUAGAAAGUUUUAAUUCUAAAUUAAAAUCUGUGAUACCAAUAUUUUUAAACCUUUCGGACUUCUUUAAACAACUAUUUGUAAUUCUCAAGUGUGUUCGUUCGGAGAGGGAUAACAAGACAAUUGGUGUCAUACAAAAACAUCCAACCAAAAAGUUUAAAAACGAUGACGAGUAUAAAUAUUAUAAGCUUUUGACGCCAUAUGAAUUUAAUUAUUUAAAACAAAGUCUAUCAAUCACAGACAAUAGUAAUGUCCUAUGUACUACGUUAACUGUAUGCUCUUGUGGAUUUUUUAAUUCGAUGAAAUUGCCAUGUAUUCAUAUUUUUAAUAAAUGGAUAUCAACAAAUAAUUGUUUGUACGAUGAGAAACUGUGUGAUAAAAGAUGGACACGCAACUACUAUUAUAUGUCUCAAACUAUACUUAAAGAACCACUGAUGCCAUGCGAGGGUGAAACUCCUGUUUUUGUUGACGUACAACCUAAAAUUUCAAAAAUCAUCAAUAAAAUUAUCUAA